GUAUUAUAAACCUUUUAACGCCAUAUGUAUUAACUGCCAUUAUAUUAUAUCGUCCUUUUGCUGAUUUCGCUGAAGCUGUUUAUUAAAAUAUUGGCUGGAAAUAUGAUGAAAGCUAUUCAAUUUACUAAAGGCGAUGCUGGUAAUAUGUCAUUAGGUGAAACUAACAAGCCGGUAGCAAAAUUAGGGGAAGUAUUGAUAAAGGUUGUCGCUUCAGCGGUUAACAGAGCAGAUACGUUACAGCGUAAAGGCUCAUAUAACCCGGGCCCAGGGAUAAGCCCUAUUCUAGGCCUUGAGGUUGCAGGGACGAUUGAAGAAGUAGCUGAUGACAACCAAAGCUGGAAGAAAGGAGAUCGCGUUAUGGCUUUGGUGUCUGGAGGCGGAUAUGCCGAAUACAUUGCAGUAAAAUCGUCACAUGUCCUCUCUGUUCCUCCUAACCUCGGACUGGUUGAGGCAGGUGGAGUACCCGAGGUCUGGUGCACGGCAUAUCAGAUUUUAUUAACUAUUGGUAAACUCUGUGAAGGAGAAAGUGUCCUAAUUCAUGCUGGUACCAGCGGUGUAGGAUUGGCUGCCAUACAACUAGCCAAAAUGACGAAAGCCAAAAAUAUUAUCAUAACAUGUGGAUCAAACGAAAAAUGCCAGAUGGGACUUAAGAUGGGUGCAACCGUUGCUAUCAAUUACAAGGAAGCUGACUUUAAAGAGAAAACUCUUGAAAUAACUAACGGAAAAGGAGUAGAUGUUAUUUUAGAUUGCAUUGGAGCAUCUUAUUGCGAGAAAAACGCCGAAUGUUUGGCGCUCGAUGCUAGAUGGGUUCUAUAUGGACUGAUGGGAGGAGCAAACAUACAAGGCGAUCUGUUAGCGAAGUUAAUGAGAAAGAGAGCAUCACUUAUCGGAACAUUACUUAGAUCAAGGUCGGAUGAUUAUAAAGAUGACCUGAUUGACAGCGUACGAAAACACGUGUUACCUGGUAUCGAAAGCGGCAAGUUAAAACCGAUAAUCGAUUCAAUAUUUGAUUUGAAGGAUGUCAGCGACGCACAUCGUCGGAUGGAGGCGAAUUCUAAUAUCGGUAAGAUUGUAUUGAAGGUUAUAAACGAAUAA